AUGAGCUUACAAGUUCUUUAUUCAAUUCUUAAUCAUCCUAAUCAGUUGCAAAAUAGCAUGCGUAUGGCAGAUUAUCUAAUCUCAGAAUCUGACAGAUUAUUAAAUGAGAUUUUGAAUUCUCUUAAGAUCAACCAAAACAAGUUAAGGAAGCUGUUUAAAGGAUUUAUUGAUAGGCACAGCAAAAGAUUGUGGAGAUUGUAUCUGACCAGAGCUGAAGUUUGUUUCAAAGCUGAAGACCUUACAUUAGAAACAAGUUAUCUUUUACGUGUUAUUAUUAAUAAUGUCUCUGGAGAACUUCAUAAUAGUAAUUGGGUUGUAAUGGAUCCUACUAUUAACGAUGAUAUGAUGGAAAUGUACGCUGAUAAAAAAGCAAGAGCUGGAGUACUUGAACCUAAAGGAAUUGUAGAAAUCAAAUUCAAAAAGCCGCAAUUGCUUACAACAAUAGAAAAUAUACC